CCAGGCUAAGAAAAAAAAAAAAAAAGGGGGUCAGUUCUUGUUAAGAAUUCUUCCUUUCCAUGAUCACGCUCAGAAGUCCGCUGCUUGCAACGCACGGGCCACGUCCGCUCAUCGGAACAAUGUCGAAGGGUGGAAUAGCGCUCGCUGCCGUCGCGAUUCUUGUACCGAUGUCUUUCUGCUUGAAAUUGGAUGAUUCUUCAUUCACGCUGUAUAACAAAGCUUUGAGCUCAUGCCUAUUCAAAAAGUCCUCCCGCUGCCAGGACAUGCGCUGGACGAGCGGCAACCGCAUUUUUGUCACCUCCACCAAAAAGUGCCUGGGGUCGCAGGGCAAGAGUGUAGGCAGCGAGGUCAACACGUACGACUGCGACGACAGGAGCGACCUGCAGAAGUGGGAGUGCAUUAAUGGGACACUGCUGGCACUAAAAAACCAAAAGCCGGAGCUCUUCAUCGAGCUCAAGUCGGAUGGAGGCAUCGCGCUUUCCAGGACCACGGGACCCGGCAACAGCUUCACCAUCACCGGGACGGGCAACGGCGCCUGCUCCAGAACGCACAGAGUAUUGUACGCCAUUGACGGCAACGCGUACGGAAAGCCGUGCAUGUUCCCCUUCCUGUAUAAAGAUCGCUGGUUUGGAGACUGUACGUCAUACGACUCCUCCAUUAAGCGCCCCUGGUGUGCCAUCCAGACCAAAUAUGAACACGAGCAGUGGGGAUACUGCCCGUCCACAUCUACAGAAUACUGGAAGAAGAAUCACAUCACAGGAUCUUACUACCAGCUCAACGCUCAGGCGGUCCUGACUUGGGCAGAGGCUGACGAAAGCUGUAAGCAGCAGGGGGCCACCCUGGUCAGCGUCACAGAUACCAAUGAGCAAGCUUUUAUCUCAGCACUAUUAGGAAAUACGAAGAAUAAGCUUUGGAUCGGGCUGGUCCUGAACCCGGAACAUGGUUGGCAGUGGACGGACAACAAGCCCAUGCGAUUCCUGAGAUGGGCGAGUGGGUUCCCGCUUCCUAAUCCGGGUCACAACUGCGCACUUCUGGACUCGGCCGGGCAGCAUAGUUGGGAAACUUUCCCCUGCUCAAAGAAGAUUGGCUAUAUCUGCUACAAACCUGGAGCCCCGCCUCUUCCGCCACAGGUUGAGCAAGGAUUCUGUUCAAGUCCCUGGAUUCCGUACAACGGCCACUGCUUCCACCUACUUCGGACCCCCAAAACGUGGUCUGACGCGCAGAAGGACUGUCGCAAGGCGGAGGGGGAGCUGGUGAGCAUGCGCAACAUAGAAGACCACAGCUUCAUUGUCUCUCAACUGGGAUACGCCUCCACCGACGAGCUCUGGAUCGGCCUGAACGACAGGAGGACCGAGGGCCUGUUCGAGUGGAGCGACCAGACCUCAGUCUUCUUCACCAGCUGGGAGUACGGAGAACCGACACUCUUGACGGACAGCGAGGACUGCGUUCUCAUUCGGGGAGAGAAUGGCAACUGGGCCGACCGCUCCUGUGAGGAGAAACAAGGCUUCAUCUGUAUGAAGCAGAGCAGCACAAACCACCAGCCAGAUGAAGUCCAUAUGGAUAUCGGCUGCAAAGCUGGUUGGAAACGACAUGGCUCCUACUGCUACUUUGUGGGAACGGAGACCAAAACAUUUGACGAAGCCAAGAGUGACUGCAAGGCGACAAACUCCUACUUGGCGGAUGUGUCCAACGGGGUGGACAACGCCUUCUUGAUCAGCUUGGUGGGGGCAAGGUCUGAGAAGUACUUUUGGCUGGGCCUCUCAAACCAGAAGAACAAGGAUGAGUUUGUGUGGACCAACGACAACGCCGUCAGGUUUACUCACUGGAAUAACGAGAUGCCAGGUGGUGGACAAGGCUGUGUGGCCAUGACAACUGGUAUUCUUGCUGGCCUGUGGGAUCUGCUGCCCUGCGACAACAAGGAGAAGUACAUUUGCAAGCAUCUGGCCGAGGGGGCCAUCUUGACGCCGCCCCCGCCUACCCGCAACCCCCCUCAGUGUGCAGAGGGCUGGAUACGAGCAGGAACGAGAAACAUCUGCUCAAAGUUCUUCACGGGUCCUCGUUCAUUCGAGAAGACCUGGUAUGAGGCCAGAGAUUUCUGUCGGGCCAUCGGAGGAGAUCUCCUCAGCAUCCACAGUGCCGCUGAGCUGUUUGUGGGACGCCACGGAAAAGCCUGGAUUGGACUUCAUAUUGCUGACCCGACUGCAGGUUAUGUCUGGAGUGAUGGAUCCCCGGUAAACUUCCUACAUUGGCAGGAAGGCGAGCCAAAUAAUUUUCAGAAUUCGGAAUCUUGCGCCGAGUUCCGCAUCUAUCGAGCUGAUGACACGGGCUCGUGGAACGACGUGCACUGUGAGAGCUACAACGACUGGCUUUGCGAGAUCCGCACGGGAGUGACUCCCAAGGCACCUCCGAAUGACACUGCCGCGGCAGAAUUUAACACAACCUCGGACGGUUGGCUCGAGUGGCGAGGGAGUCAGUACUACAUCAACCGAGUCUCAAUGGCCAUGGAAGACGCUCGCCAUUACUGCAAGCAGCACCACGGCGACUUGGUGACAAUCAACAGCGAAGCGGAAAACAUUUUCAUAUGGAAACAGGUUUCCAGAAGCUACGGGACCUACUACAUUGGUUUAUCAGUAGACUUGGAUGGCUCAUUUUGGUGGAUGGAUGGGACUUCAGUGGGCUACCAAAGAUGGGACGAGAACCAACCGAAUCAGAAUACCUACGAUGAGAACUGUGUCGCUAUGUCCUAUUUCAUGGGCUUGUGGCGCGGCUUCAACUGUGGUGAGGAGCAUCAGUUCAUUUGUAAACGCGGGGUGACGGCGCCUGUCAACACCACCGCAGCUCCCACCGUUGCAGCAAAAGGCGGCUGUCCACUCAAGUGGACCAGGUUUGACUCCAGGUGCUACAGCAUCAACAGUAAUCGCAAGACCACCUGGGAAGAGGCGAGGAAACAGUGCUACUCCAUAGGUGGCAAUUUAGUCUCCAUACCAACCAGGCGGGAGCAAGCUUAUUUAGUCACCAAAAUGGCAGAAGGGGCAGCAGACCUGUGGAUCGGUCUGAACGGUUUAAAACAAGAUGCGUUUUUUUGGAGCGAUGGAAAGCCCAGGCGAUACACCAACUGGGGCUACUCCGUACAUCGACGUCGCCAGGGGACUUUUUACCAAAGAUGGAAUGAGGAAAGUUGCGUCAUCAUGACUAACAACCCCACUAACGGAAUUGGCAAAUGGUUGAUCAAGUCCUGCAAUGACACCAAUGGAUUCAUUUGUACCAGACUUCUUGACCCGGGUCUCCCAUCCCAAUCCGAACCGGCCGUUUCCAACAUCUUUGUAUCCCUGGGAAACGACAGCGUCUUGGCCGUGCCUUCCAAUAUGACGUGGUAUGGUGCCAAGAAGCACUGCGAGGGCAACAAAGCCAACCUGGCCAGUUUGAGGAACGAGUGGACGCUGGCCUACGUGGAGCUGUUGGCUUUAAAUCUCAACUCUCCUUUGUGGAUCGGACUGAACAAAGAGCAGACCGGGGGUUAUUUUCGCUACAUUGAUGGCUGGCACAUGAAUUUCGCCAGCUGGGGUGAAGGGGAGCCCAGGCAAAACCGGCCUUGUGCAUACUUAGACGUAGAUGGAAAAUUCAAAACGGCCUCCUGCAAUCGCACCAUGUACGGCGUUUGCAUGCAGUCGACAGAUGUGCCGCCAACACAGUCAGCCAACUACCCCGGAGUUUGCCCCGACGAAGUCAUGGCUGACGACAGCCAGGGUUACACGUGGUUGCCAUUUAAGAGUCACUGUUACAUGUUUGUCACUGACGAAAUGGAGUGGCCGGACGCAGCCACGAGCUGCGCGAGACACGGUGGAUAUUUGGCCAGCAUCGAAGAUCCCGAGGAACAAACGUUUAUUCAAAGCAAUGUGGAGGUGUUCCAUGACAGCCACAGCUCCUUUUGGAUAGGCCUGUACAAAACGCACAAAGGCACGUGGCUGUGGUUGGAUAAAACCGUAUUGGACUACACUAACUGGGGUGCAGAGGCUUCAGAGAGGGACUAUGGCGAGCUACAAACCUCAGAUGGGCAAUGGUCAUCCGGCAUGAAGUGGAAUGACCGAGCUUACAUCUGCGAAACGGCCAAAGUGAUCCCCGGAGACACGGACCCCGAAUAUCAUGCACACCAAGGUUCAGACGGCAACUCACGUGGGCACACCAGCCUGAUCGUGGUGCUGAUCAUCACCAUCACGUCCGCACUGGCCGUCCUCGCCUUCUUCCUGUACAAGAAGUCGCCGCGCUCGCUGCCCACCUUCGACAACCCUCUGUACUUUGGUCGCGAGCGGACGCAGCCCGACGUGGUGGACACCAACAAACUGAUGGAGAAGGCGGAGGAGGAGAUCCCCGAGCCGAUUAUCGCCCUGUGAUCCGGGCAAAUCUAUUCAGUAUUUGGUGUUCUACUGUAUAUGGUAUGUAUUCAGUUAUUUAAUAAUAAGUGUGAGUUUCAGUGAUGGCGGCCAUGUCUGACCCCACAGAAGUAAACUUUUUAGGCUCUGGGACAUCUCGCUGGAAUUGAUUGGUAUCUGAUUGUUAUUGUUUUGUUAUUCUGCAAAUGAAUGUACAUGCUGUUCAUUGCUUGAGCUGGUGAAUUGUGUAUAAAUAGCACAGCUUUAAAUGACAAUUAAAGGUGGCUUUCAAUGUCUCUUGGCACUAUA